UAUUAUUAUUAUUAUUAUUAUUAUGUUACUCUUUUUAGCUGGAGAAAGGCUCUAGGUCUGUCAACCCAGACAACUCUAUCAGUUGCAAGCAAUUUCCUGCCUGGUUGGAAAAAAGCCUUGUAUGAAGCAAAAGAACCAGAUUGAUUCAAAAUUGGUUCAGUUGGGAAUUAAAUCUGCAUUUCAGAUAAAUAUAGGUUAAAUAAAUCCUGAUUAUUUCAUCAUUUUGUACACAGUUAAAUUUCCUAAUCUGUAAAGCACUUUGUCAUUGGUCUUUUAGAUGGUGACUGGAAUGUACUCUGCUCUGCCAGCCUCCCUCAGACACUGUAUAACUUUUCUUCGCACAAUAAUAAUUGCUUAAUUUUGUUUGUUACAUAUGAAAAAUUAUUUAAGGACACGUUUGUAAUUUUACAAUCAAGAAGUACUUUCUCAUAAUUGGCGUGGGAUACUAAUGCUUUUCAAAUUUUGUACAAUGUUUGGGUUUUAACGUUUGCAUUUGCUGCAUAUUUGUAAAUUGUCUAGGAAGGACCUUGUAUCCAAAAACAUGUUUGCUGAUUUCCAGAUUAGUAUUAUUAAUCUAAUGAGUACUUCGGUACUCAUCCAAAGUGCAUCAGAAUUUGACGUUAAGAAAAACUGAAAGAAUGCUUAUAUGGGUUUAUGAGGAUCUGAUGUUAAGCUAAUGAUUUAAUUGUAUGUAAUGAAAUUCUGGUUUGGUUUUUAGAUUUUAAUUCACUUUUUGACAAUGUGCCUUUUAUACUAAAUUGUGUCAAAAAAUAAUGAAUGUAGGAGUAUAAAAAGGUUGGUCAGUUUCUGCUAUCUCAGAUUCUAUAUCCUUAAACUUGAUAGUGUGAAAUGGUGACAUACUUUGCGUAAAACCCUUCCAGGUCUGGCUUGGAUUGCACAAUUACAGUAGCUACUUCUUUACUGAUAACGCUAAAUCAAAUGAAGGGCACUUUCUAUUGAUGACUACUUUUUGAAAAUGUCUUGUAUUUACACUUGAGCUGUGUUUCACUUUACAGCGGUCUUUUUGGAGGCCAGGGUUUUGCAUAUCACAGGAAGCCUUACUGUGCAACUCUGUGCUGUGCAUAAAAAAUAAAAAUCUUUCAAGAAGUAUAUGAGAUCUCUAUGGAAAUCUGGAUUUAUUUUUGUGUAAAGCCCAAAAUAUUGUCCAGGAAAACUAAUUUUCUAUUUUUUUUGCAUUUUGUAACAUAAUCUAGUAGCUGAUGAGUAUUUCUAGAUAUAGCGUGCGUAUUUCUGGAGACCAAAACAUGUCAGAAAGAAAAUAAAUAUAUGCAGAGACUGGUGUUUAAGUUGUGAUGAAUGUACUUCUAUUUAUUUUGGUGAGUGGGUGUGAUGCAAUAUUAAAGUGUUAGUGUGUAAAUAAGGGUGCUUCUAGUUUUAGCCAAUGGUUUUCUUUGGGGAUAUCAGUUGUGCACAAUGUCUUUUUACACAAUGUGACAAAUCAGGUUUAAAAACGUACAUAGCUUAACUGUUUUCUGGUGCUGUCAAGAAAGUGUAUACUUUUGCACACACCAAAUGCAUAUAAAAGUUUUGCAGAGUAUGUAUACAAUAAAUUACAGGCAUUAAACAUUUCACUGCUAUUUCUCAGUGGUUUCCUUUAAGGAAGACUUUUCAGAUUGUUUUCUGCUGGUUUCCUCAGAGAUGUCACAUAAAACAGCAUUAGGCUGAAUGUUCUCCAAGAAAAAUUCUUCUCUUGGUCUCAUGCAGCCAGCAAGAAUGUAUGAAAAAUUGAUGGAGUCGCUUAAGGACUCAGAAAAGAGCUGAAACUCAUUGGUGUCUCCUACAGUUUAGUCUUCUAACCUAAUUUAUAUUUGAAGGAAGGAACGUGCAUUUUAGAAUGGUAACAUAAACAGGUGUACAAGCUGCCUUUCAUCUCUUCCAACGGGAGUACGGUGUUUCAUCCUGCAGUUUCAUAAGCAUCCUUCUCGGAUUCUUCUAUUCCCAUGUGAAGAACCUGAACCUCCUCUACUGCUGUCUGCUGUGCAACUGUUUACUGCUUUGACAGUUGGAGGUUGGCAGCUUCUGCACAAAUACAGGCUUCAAGAAAGGGCAGGACUGACCAAAGUGAGACCGGCAGGAAGGAGGAAAGGCAGUCCUCACCUUAACUCCUCUUCAAAGAGUUGGACACCCUACCCUACAGUAUAAGUUCAGGGACCUGACCAUAGAAGAACUGAAGACUGUUAACAAGACCUACCCUAACUUCACCUUCUCCAUGAACACAUACACCUUCAAGGAUGGAUCCCAGAAAGACCUCCUGAAUUUCAGUGGUACUGUUCCAGUGAAAUAUGGUAAUUCCUAUAACAUACCUAUUCGUCUGUGGAUUUUGGAUUCUCAUCCCUUUGCUCCCCCCAUUUGCUUCUUGAAGCCGACUGCGAACAUGGGCAUUUCAGUGGGAAAGCAUGUUGAUGCUCAUGGCAGGAUUUAUUUGCCCUACCUGCAAAACUGGAGCCAUCCUAAAUCAACUAUUGUUGGAUUAAUCAAGGAAAUGAUUGCAAAAUUUGAGGAAGAGCUCCCUCUGUAUUCAUUGACAUCUUCUGAUGCAGCCAGGCAAUCAGAACUUCUCUCCUACAUUGCAAAGAUUACUGAAGGAGAAACUGACACGAAAUCUAAGAGUAAAACCGGUGGAGACAAAAAUGAAGGGUGUUUCAACAAAAUUACUGUGGUUGGAGCUGGAGACCUUGGCAUUGCCUGUGUGCUAGCAGUUGCAGCAAAGGGUGUUGCAGACAAGGUGGUUCUUCUGGAUCUUUCUGAAGGUGCAGCAAAAGGAGGAACUAUGGACUUGGAGAUCUUUGCUCUGCCAAAUGUGGAGAUCAGCAAAGAUAUUUCUGCUUCAGCUGAUUCCAAAGUCGUCGUGCUCACAGUUAACUCACUGGGCAGCGCUCAGACUUACCUUGAUGUCAUACAAAGCAAUGUGGACUUGUUCAGGGGAUUUAUCCCAGCAGUAUCACACUACAGUCAGAACUCUGUUCUUCUUGUUGCUUCCCAUCCAGUUGAAGUAAUGACGUAUGUGUCAUGGAAGCUGAGCGCGUUUCCCCAAAGCAGAGUUAUUGGAGUAGGUGGCAAUCUGGAUACCGAGAGAUUUCAGCAUACACUUGCAAACCUUUUGCAAGCACAGGCAUUGGGAAAAGAUGCUUGGAUUGUUGGUGAACAAGGGGAAGACAAAGUACUCUCAUGGACCAGUUGUGACUCACAUGUAAAUCAAACUGAAACAAUGGCUGCUCGUAAUUCAAAGGAAAAGGUGGCUAACAGAGCUAUGGAAAUCCUAAAGGGAAAAGGUCAGAGAUCUUGGUCUGUUGGGCUCUCGGUUGCUGAUUUGACUGACAGUAUACUGAAAGAUAAAAGAAAGGUUCAUUCUGUAUCCACCCUGGCAAAGGGAGGUUGCAAUAUAAACAGUGAAGUAUUUUUAAGUCUUCCAUGUAUUCUUGGAACCAGUGGAGUGAUUGAAGUGGUCAAACUAGAAGAAGAUCCAUCAGUGCAAGAGAAACUGCAGAGCAGUGCAGGAUCAAUUCACGACCUUCAGCAGCAGCUCAAACUGUAAGCACCAGGGAGGCCGCAGCAUCUGCUCACAGAAGCUAGAGAUCUGCUGGGCACAACUGGUUGCUUGGUGUAUACGGUUUUCUCUAUAAGACAAGAUUAUUAUUAUUAUUUUUUAUUUUGCCUACCACGGUGCUUUCUCUAUGUGGAUUUGGUUUACGUUAUUUAACACUCCACUGCCCGGUACAAAUUUCUGACUUCAAAAGUGCACUGUGGGUAACCAAAACCUGGAGAUUAAUGUGCAAGAACGCUUUAUGUAAAUUCAGGUGACAUUUGUCUGUAGUAUUUCCUUUUUCCACAGCUAAUUAUGGCCUGGUUCUUGAGGUAUUCCUAACUUUGCACCUCAGGAGGAAACCACCUAGGACAGGAGCUCACCCAGCUCCUUGGAUGCUCCAGCCAGAACCCUUCCUCCUCGUUCUAAGUGCUGCCUGAGGGACUUGUGUACACAUGGUUGGUUGCAAGGCGGCUCGUAGGGGCAGCAGGGGCUGCGCUUUGGGAGCUUGAUCUUUUGUACUUAACGUCUACCGUCAAUGGACUCCAUCCUUGGGGGUUAUGAAGAGGGGGGAUAAAAGCCUGGUUUAAUAGCACGCUGAAGAAUUGCAUAUGGAUUUCUGUUGUACGUUUA